ACAGCUCACAUCGAGGACCCUCAUGAGCUCCAAACAGCUUCACGACGACUGCCUCUACACUAGUGUCGUAUCAGUUUUUGGCCUUUUCUAGCGUGGUGGGUGAAGGGUCAUCCACAUUUGACGGCCCGCCUCGGUUGACCAUGUGUUGUCCUAACAUGGCAGCGUCCAAAGUCUCCAUCCACUUUUCUGACUCUUGCUUCUGCUUCUUCCCUUUCCCAAAUCAUCUCUCACUUCUUGGACCUUCAACUCAUCACUUGUCUUCACUACUACAAUCUAUUGUAUGUGGGUGCCUUAGCUGCAACCGCAAACUACCACUCCUCUCUUCACCAUGGGCUUCCUCUUCUUUGGUCGGUCAAAGAAACCAAAAAAAGACAACAGAGACACACCGACACCACCUCCUCAGCUUUCAAGUCGAGGUCAACGUGACCGGCAGGUUUCCGGCUCGUCCUCGAAACAUCACUAUGCCGCUCUUCCGCCGCCACCAGCCUACUCGCCGCAUGACUGGCAUCAGGCUCAGUCCUUCGAGCCCGCCGGCCUCCUCCCAUCACCGCCAGGAUGGAGUCCGUCUUCACCACAACCCAUCAUUGUCAACCAACAUCACUACUAUCUCGGCACUCCGGGUCCAAAUUCCCCACCGCCACAACUUAUCCAGUCAAUAUCACCGAUUCCGCCACCAAAGAACAGCACCGGGUCUCUCACCAAGAUGCCCGUGGGGACGGUGAUGGAGGUGGCAUCGGAUAUCUCCCAAGUGCCAAGCCUCGUCCACGGUUUCGAGGAAAUGCUUCCCCAUUGGCCCGACAACAAGACCCAGCUGCUCAACCAGAGUGCCGCCCUCUACGACCAAAUCUCCGGUCGACUAAAUGACGUCUUGACGAGGAUAGAUCUGAACCAGAUUAGUGGGAAUGAGAAGGAACACUUCACCUGGAAGCCGGCUGUUCAGGAAACCUCGUACCCGCCCUCGUCGAGCAUGGUGGGGUCGAGGUCGGUAGUGAAGUCAGGAAUUCGGAGGAGCAGCUCGCAUUCAAGGGAUCACAGGGAGCACAGGGAUAGGGAACAUAGGGAUAGGGAACAUAGGGAGCACUCGUCGUCAACAAAUUCGGGGGGUUACUUUGCAAAGGUGGACCUCUAUGCCAACUCGAGGUUGCCUACCGACCUGGCUCCUUUGAGACUAUACAUCCCCACCUGGCCUCUUCUCUGCCUCGCCGCCCAAUACUCCGAGCGAGUUUACGAAAAGCCCAAGGGCGCCGAACGAGACGCCCACGUCGACGCCGACUGGCGAACCGGCGCCAAAGCCAUGGUCAUCAAAUCCGUGCCAAUGGAUUACGUCAACACCAUUGUCUUCGCCAUCCGCGGCACAGCAACUUUCAUGGACUGGGCCGUCAACCUCAAUUCUAAUCCCACAUCCCCCGAAGGAUUCCUCGACGACCCUGGCAAUCUCUGCCACGCCGGCUUUCUCGAUGUCGCUCGAAGUAUGGUCCAACCUGUUGCGCGCCGUCUCCGUCAGCUUCUUGAGGAGGAUCCCAGUCGAUCAUCCUACUCGCUGCUCAUUACCGGUCACAGUGCCGGUGGCGCCGUCGCUGCGUUGCUUUACAGCCAUAUCCUCUCGACAACAAAGGAGGCGCAAAGCGAGUUGACUGCGGUGGCUGGGUGCUUCAAGCGCGUCCACUGCGUCACGUUCGGCACUCCACCUAUUAGCAUCAUUCCCUUGAAGAAGCCAGAGGACUAUGAGAGGAGGCCAGAGCUGAAGAAGAGCUUGUUCCUGUCCUUCAUAAACGAGGGUGAUCCGGUCGCGAGAGCAGACAAGGCCUACGUGAAGAGUUUGCUAGAGUUGUACGCCUCGCCCGCGCCUUCGGUGAACACGCUCUCGAUGACAACGAGCAGGAAGGGACCCAGCAGUUCUUCGGAUCUUAACAUGCGAAUGAAGGCUGCCGGCCAAAAGUCAUCUCGGUCCUCGCUGCAAUCGUCGAAAUCCGGCAAAUCAACAGACACCAGGAAUACCGAGCGCCGAAGUAGCAGCGGCAGCAGCCAUCACGCCUCCUCCUCUUCUUCGGGAAGUUCCCACCGCAGCAGCUCCCGCACCCGCACAUCCACCUCCUCCGCCAGCUCCGCGCUGACCACCACCUCAACAACCGCCUCGUCCGUCUCCAGCAGCCACACCUCCUCUUCAUCCUCUUCCUCCUCGGGACCAACCUGGAAACUCCCCGCCUCCACGCUCUCCUGCGCCGGUCGCCUUGUGGUGCUAAGGUCAGGCGACCCGAAGUCCAGGCUAAAGGGCAAGGGAAAGACGGUUGAGGAAAGACUGAAUGAGGGAGUGGUGGCGCAUGUGGUGCCGAGCGAGGAUAUGCUGAGGGAGGUGGUUUGGGGUGAUCCGUUGAUGCAUGUUAUGAAGCUGUAUAAAGGAAGAAUUGAGACGUUGGCUGUUGGGGCGGUGACUGCUAGGGGGUAUUGAUUUGUGCUGUGAAGUUUGAUUGAGGAGAGGACGAGGAGG